CACUAGGCAUCGGUUAUGACAGCGGGAACGGAGAUUCCCCGCAUCCUCCUCCCGGAAGGCAGGUCAUCCCUGCCCCGUGGCGCCUGGACCCAGGCUCCCCGUGUUCCUCCCGCCCCGCUUCCCCUGCCCCAGCGCUCUCCGAGGCUGCGGGUCCCCGCCGCGGCCGCCAACGCCACCCGGCAACCAUGGCAGCGCCCGAAGCACGGGGCCGCGCGGCGCCAGCCUCUCGUCCUCCGAGGGCGGCGGCGGCUGAGGUGCCUCCCCCACCCAGGGUAUCUAUCGGGACAUCGCUCCGCGCCUCCCACCCUCUCCGCGGCCGCCCGCGCCAUCCCCCAGUUCCGAUCCCGGCCGCGCCCUCUCCCUCCGCCGCCGUGGGCGGGAACGGGGCUCUGUACCUGGUUCAUGUCUGAAGAGAUGGAAAAACUCAUCUCUGGAGCUUCGACGGGGAGCGGCUGGAAGCGGGCGGUGCAGGCCCAACGGAAAGCGCCUCGAGGCCGCGGAGGGGGGAAGCGGUCGAGCGGGAAGACGAGCGAUCGGCCCACGGGGGUUGCCGGGAGAGGGGAGCGCCGCCCAGGGAUCGCGGGGACUCGCUCGCUGGCUCGCUGGCUAGUACGGCCGCGCGGAAGCAGCCGGCGGAGAAACUGCGCCCCGCAGCUCCGACAAACCGACCUCCACGCGCGUCCCGGAGACACUGCCGCCGCGGCGCCGCUCGCGCGCGCCUCACCCCCUCGCACGUCACCACGUGCGCCGCCGCCGCCGCCGCCGCCGCCGCCCACGCUCCGCGGACGCUCCGGCUCGAGCCUGUCGGCGAAUCACAGGCGAGCACCCGCGAGAGGCGGCUCGCGGCCCCGCCCACCCCGCCCGGCCUCGCGCUCGCGCUCGCGCUCGCGCGCUCGGUUUCCUUGCAGCGCCGCUCAAGUAGGUCAGCGCAAGGUGAUCCCUGCGAGGGAGACCUUGCUCCGGGUGCGCCUCCGUUUCCUUAUGGCGCCCGGGUCCCUCCUUCCCUCGCCCCGCACCCGCACCCUCGCCCGCCCGCUAGCACUGCCCCAGAACUGGCUCCCUCCAGCCUCCUCCACCUGCUCCGUUCCCACUAGAAGCGCCGUCACCGGAGAGAGACAGAGGGGGGGAGAUUAG